AUGGAUGUACUAGUCGAUUAUUGCGUCAUUGAUCUUCAAAAAAAAUGGAAGAGUAUUAAGGACGCUUAUAAAAGAGACAAAGCGAAGAACAAUAACUGCUCCAGUGGAUCUGGAGCUAAGCCUAGAAUACCCUACAUAUAUUCCAAUUUGCUAACUUUUUUAGACCCGCUUUACGAAAUAAGAUCUCCAAGUCAAAAUGAUGAUGCAGCACUGGGGCAUGACAAAGACUGUGAUUUUCAAAAGCCACAUUCACCAAAGAAGUCUAAAAAGACUCCAAAACAUGAAGACCCACAGGACAAAUUGUAUGAAGCACUGACAGCAAAUCUCAAACAGUCUAAAGCGAAUAAUAUAAUUUUAUCUGAAAAUUCCGACAUACUGUUGUUAGUUUCAAUAGCUAAAGAUUUUUUGCCAUCAAAUGCAAUUUAA